AUGAGCGAUUCUUGCGGGGGCAUCAGGUGGGGAUGAAAAUGGAGGAACGGGGCCCAGCAGGCUGCGUGCAAGGAGAACGUUCACAGGGUGUGCGAAAAGGCCCUCACCUCCUCCAGGCUGUGAUUAUUGGAGAAGACGCUCAGAGGAUCCCGGUAGUGCAGAUUAAACAGGAACCGGAGGAGGGGGAACUCCAGCAAUGGGAAGUGCAGUGGCAGGAGUUUCUCAAGACUGUGGAAGCACCUCAGUCAGGCUGGGUGAUCCCUCAACUGCCGGAGGAACCCGCCCCCUGGGACGACACCAAGGCCUUCCUGGCCUCCUUCGAGCAGGUGGCCGAGGCCUGCCGGUGGCCCAAGGAAGAGUGGGUGGCCCGGCUCCUGCCAGCCCUCAGCGGAGAAGCCAGGCAAGCCUUUAGAAGCCUGGAGGCCCAAGACAGAGAGGAUUAUGGGAAAGUGAAGGCGGCCAUCCUGAGAGGGGAUGCCCUGAGCCGGGAGAAGAACCGGCAACACUUCAGGUGCUUCUGCUACCAAGAGGCUGAGGGGCCGAGGGGGGCUUACAGCCAGCUCCAGGAGCUUUGCCACCGGUGGCUGAAGGUGGACCGGCACUCCAAGGAGCAGAUCCUGGAAACGCUGAUUCUGGAGCAGUUCCUGAUCAUCCUGCCCCCGGAGAUCCAGAGAUGGGUGAGAGAAUGUGGCCCAGGGACGUGCCCCGAGGCCGUGGCCCUGGCUGAGGACUUCCUGCUCAGGCAGCAAGAGGCACGCCAAUGGGAAGAAGAGGUGCGGACUCCAAGUUCCGUAAAGGCUGAGCCAACUCCCCUUGGCUUUGGGGAGAAGCAGGUCGAGGCCAAGCAGGAUUCAAAUGCCAGGCUGCUGGGUUACAUGCAAGUGUGUGAAAGUGGAGAGAAUGUUCUGGAAUAUCCUGAGCCAAGUGAGGUCAGAGAGAACUUUCUGGAACGUUCCGAGCCAGUAAAGCCCCAAAGGAGAGCAACCAAAGUUGUUUCCCAAGUUGGGGAUGAGGGCAAAAUGGCUGAAGAUCAGGACAGACUAAAGAGGCAGCAGAGAAGCCAUCUGAGGAAUGGCACAAGAGAUUCCACUCCGAGUGUGACAGACAAGAUCCUUGGCGAAUGCGUCUUAGGACACAAGCAAGAGGCAUACAUGAUAGUCGAGGAAGUCUUUGGGGAGGUCCCAGGACUUUCCGGCCACGAACGAGUCCUUAAUCGCGAGAUGCCGUUUCAGUGCGGGAAACUCCUCGUCUGCAAGGACCAGCUUACGAGACACCAGAGAAUCCACCCUCUGGAAAGUCCCUGCAAGCGCUCUUAUUGUGGGAAAGCUGUGUGUGAAACCUUCCACGAGGGAGCCCAUGUCGAGAAGAAACCCUUCCAGUGCUCAGCCUGCGGGAAGUGUUUCAGCCGAAACUCACUCCUCAUUAAGCACGAAAGGAUCCACGGGGGGGAGAAACCGUACACCUGCUCCACCUGCGGAAAGAGCUUCGUUUACAGUUGGAACCUCAUCAAGCAUAAAAAGAAGCACACGGGAGAGAAACCCCACCAGUGUUCCGCCUGUGGAAAAACCUUCUUUGAACGUUCGGACCUUAUAAGGCACGAGAGGACCCAUACAGGCGAAAAGCCGUACCGAUGUUCCCACUGCUGGAGACGUUUCAGUCAGAAGUGGCUCCUGAUUAAACACGAGCGAACCCACGUGGAGUAGAGGCUGCGUGGGCAGAAGGCCUGUUUGUGCCCAGGCAGGAGAGAAACCGAAAAAAUCGGGGUGGGCCAAAUUGUCGUCGUCGUCUGGUAACACAUUCCCUUGAACCUAAUCUGUCAGGGUCUGCGUGCUUGCGGCGGGCAGAGCUGAGGCCAGUGGUGGGUGGAACGAGAGAAAAAUGGGUGGCUUUCCUCUCCCUCCCUCUACCACCACACUUUCUCUCUCUCUCCUCCGCACUUCACCCCUUCACGCUCCCUCUCUUCCACCAAAAAGUUGCAGGGGAAAGAACACUUGCAUUGAACGGAUCGCUUCCAGAACAUUUUUGAAACUAAGUCUAGGUCCACAUAAUUUUUGCCCGGUGGCUCACAGUUUGCUUACCCUUGGAUAAGCGCAUAGGAAGAGGUACAUUUGCAAGUCAUUUCUCGCUCAGUAUUAAAGAAUCUUCAACAGAGAGAAGCUGCAGGCACCUCGUAAGAUGACUCAGGGAAAAAAUAUCUCUUUCUGAUGAGACAGGAAAAGAAUCGGUGUCUUCUAGUUAAAUAUGGGUAUUUCAUUGGAGGGGAUUUUUUAAAAGCAUCGAAGGAGCAAAUCGUGUGCGGAGGUUGCCGUGUCUGGGUGCAUUCACAAGGGGGGUGUUUUUGCCCAGUCAGACUUUCGGAGCUAAAAGCUGCAAACCUCGCUUGUCCUGUUUAUCCAGAGGGGCACUGACCCCUGUACUGCGGUUAUAACCGGUUGUGAGCCGGCCCUUUGUUCAUUCCUGCACACCAUUUGCUUUUGAAUCAAUAAAAAAGCACCAGUAGCACGGCCUGA